CGCUCUUUACUCCUUGCGCCUUUUCUCUAUACUGUCUCCUUAUAAAUAUCACGUUUAUCAAUGCCAAUGCCUACACCAAAGUACUAACUCCCCAUUGUAUUUAUCGAUUUGCCAUUUACAACGACGGUGAUAUUGUGUCCGGGCAAUGGCUAAUAAAAUAAACCGACGUAGACGGUUAUAUAUAUGCAAUGUUAUUGUAUGGCAUGUUACGUCUUCAUACUGCGUUAGCCCGAAGGAAAGAGAUGCAAUAUACCAGAGGCCCUCUCUUGCAUUUAGUCAAAAGGAGGGAAAUAAACAUGAAACGCAAAACAUCAGGAUCAUGACACCAAAUAAAGUGGACAGGAGGUACUUAAAAGAUCAUCAAAAUCGGGGGAUGGGGAUGGGCAUCCCCAGCAGCCGAAACGCCGGAUUAGUUGUUUAUAUUAUUAAUCGAGAGCAUAGAAAUGAGAUAUAGAGUUUAUGGGGCAUUUGCGCCUCACAGAAUCGUACACUUCUUGUUCCUUUGUUUCGCUGCAGGCCGCGGGUUGAGGACAGCACUAGGAAAAUCGUUGUCAGCUUC